AUGGCUAAAUUAAGGGUAAUAAUCAAUGAUGUGGGCUGGCUGAUUCACGUCAAGAUGAAUUCAAGAGGUUUGGAUAGAGACCCCUGCAGUGUGUAUCCGUUGGCUGAAAUGGCAUUACUUGAGAUUAUAAUCGGCUAUAACAUGUACACGCGAUUUCUUCAAGUUCCAUGUGCACUUUACGGAUAUCCCUACCGAGCACGUUUCUCGCUACUCCUAGACCCUCGACUGCUGCUCUUUAUAAACCACCCCUGCUGUCGAAACGUGCAGAUUUUAAAACGGUCUUUAUUGCAUUGUGUAUUAACUAUUUUUCUGCAGCUAGCCCUGACUGUUUUCGAGCCCUACUACUAUCGGAACAUUACCAUCUCUACUUUGUCCCGAUAUCUGUGUUGUCCAGCUAUAUAA